AUGGAGGAAGCCGAGGAGGAAGCGGCCCCAUCGAUCUGUGAGGCCAAACUCCCCAGAUGGAGCUCGAACUCGUUCGUGAUGGAGCUGAAGCCCGGCAACGAAUGCGCCACGCUGUUCAUCGACUGCCCGGACGAUGCAUCGGGUGGUGACGAUAGCGAAGCCCCAACGACGUUGAUCCGGGUGAAGGAGGGGAAUAUUCGACUCCAGACGAUUCCUGCCGGGGGUGGUGACGCGGAUGAGCUGUGCGCGGAUCUGGCGGCGUUGUCAUUGAAGCCUAACAGCAUCCAGUCGCCAGCAUGGGCCGAGGACGGUCGCGUUUUCAUGUGCAAGGUGAAGGCCCAAUUGAGUGAGAAAACGAUCGAACCGAAGACCUAUUCCCGGCUGGCCAAAGAGGUCGUCUCGCUGGCGGCGAUUAACGCAUUUGCUGAGGGCGCCUCUACGAAUCCGGUUGACCUGAAAUGUGACGAGUGUGGAAACGUGUUAAUGUCCGGCAAGAAGGGAGCCAUUCAAAUUGGCUCGCUGCCAACCGACGACUGGCUGACGCUGUCCCCGGAAGCCGGCUACAAUUGCGAGAGCUGUGCCGCAGGGACGCAUUCGUGCUCAAAAGGCGAGAAAACGACGGCCAGCUCGGAGUGGUUACCGGGCGAGCAGAAGGUCGUCGUCUCGUUCGCCUACACCCACAUCACCACAGAGGCAGCCAACCCAGGCUCGCUCACCGUCAAGGACCGCACGGUCCGCUGCGGGGCCUGCCAGAAAGAGCUCGGGGCGAUUAAUUACGUGUACCCUCGAAUACUCCAGCUUCAUCACGCGACGACCAGUCUGUCGGUGAAUGGGCGGUCAUUUUUGAGCUCAGCAUACUCCUCGUUGCCGUCGUUUUUCGGCUCGUGUAUCCUGAAUCGCUGCGAGACGAUGGGGAGUCAGAAGGUCGUCAUUCGGUCGUUGGAUCGGACGCCGCAUCUUUUGCUCUGGCUACUCGACUCUUAUAUGGUGCUGAUCGGCGGUGUCAUGGUCGACACGAAGAAGCCCGAGCCCGAGCCGACGCCAGUAGCAAAACAAGAGGCAAAAUCGCAGCCCAAACAGGCUAACGGGCAAAGCCGCAAAAAGCGCCGCAAGUCGACGUCGUGCUCCUCCAUCUCUGACACGGAGCAGGGCGGCAAGCGCCAGAACGGAAAGACGGAGAAAAAGGACCGUGAACGGCAUCGGACAAACUCGACCCUGUCCACCGGCUCUGACGUUAGCGUCUCGACGGCGCUGAGCUCGGAGAACGACCACGUGUUCGACACGAACCGCCCGUUCCCGGUGCUCAAGAUGUUGUACAAGGUUUUCGAGCCAUCCACGGCGAAGGAUGAUCCUCGUGUAAAUGGCCAAGACGCGUCCGUCUGCAUCCUCGACGUGCCCUACACGUUCGCCAUGCGCGUAUUGGAAGCAAUUUUAAGAUCCACCGGCACACUACCGCCCUGCAAUCGAGCCCUCGGUCAAUUUUAUGUUGGAUACCUGCCGCUUGAAGAACGAAUUCUA